AUGUCUAUGCUCUCGGAUGCUUUACUUUUUCGAAUCUGGAAGAGGGAGACCACGGGCCAGGGUACUGUAGGAGUAGAUCCUACAGCGUUUACCACUGCUGAUCCACUGAGGCUAUGCAUCAUUCGAAUAUGCAAGCGUAUAAUUAUUCUGAUUGGGCGAUUGCUGUCACUGGCCUUGGGCAAGAUCAGACAGCUAAAAGUCAUUGCUGAAGUCUUUGGUGGAGUGAGGUCCAAGUGCAAUGGGUCGAAUACCUGGCACAUCUUCCCCGCUCAAUCCCUCUCAUAUCUCUCACUCAUUGCCAACAUUGGCAUCUGCCUCUUUCUCUUCAUAGUGGGUCUUGAAGUCGACGCAAGUAUCAUCACGCGUAAUGCUCGCUCAUCGCUGUUCAUUGCACUAUCUACCACGGCCUUGUCCUUUGGUCUCGGUGCUGCCAUCUCUUUUGUUCACUUCAUGCUUUUCACCGGCGUGUCAUUCUCUAUCACCUCUUUCCCCGUUCUUCGUCGCAUCCUCACCGCAUCGAAGCUCCUAGACACAACGGUUGGCGUCGUUGCUCUGACGGCUAGCAUGUGCAACGACGUAUUCUGUUGGAGUCUGUUGGCACUGGCCGUAGCUCUUGUCAAUGGGACCACCGGGCUUACAGCUCUGUGGAUCUUACUGGCAUUCGUGGCAUUCACAGCAUUUCUCAUGUGGCCCAUUAGAAUCGCGCUGCUCCAGUUCGCUAGGUUCACAGAAAGUUUGGAGAACGGCCCUACGAUAUUCUUCAUGAUGGUUAUCUUGAUAGUGCUUUGGGCAUGUGCGUUUUUCACGGAUAUCGUGGGGAUCAGUGCGUUUUUCGGUGCGUUCCUGGCGGGUGUCAUUGUCCCCCGCGAAGGAGCCCUUGCCGUCUCGCUGAUGAAAAAACUUGAAGAUGUGGUGACGAUCGUGUUUUUACCUCUGUACUUCACGCUCUCCGGGUUGAAUACCGAUCUUGGAUUGCUUAACACUUCAAGCACGAUUGGAUCGUUGAUGUGUUGCAAAGGUCCCGUGGAAUUAAUCAUUCUCAACAUUGGGCUUUCUACUGGCAUUCUCACCCAAAGAGUGUUCUCGAUGUUCGUCCUCGAAGCCCUAGUCCUGACUUUCAUAAUCACACCCUUGAUUCUCGUUUUUCAUCGUCCUGAACACCGGGUUCAUGCGCUAGCUGGAGAGGUUCCACGUUGGUCAAUCGGAGACAGGGACGAAGAUAUAGAUGACCCCCAGUCUCCCGUGACUGAGGAUAGACCAUGGCGCUCCCGCUUCACUGUUGUCAUCGACAAAUUCGACCACAUGUCGGGAAUGCUGGCGGCCACCCAACUGGCACUGCCAAAUCCUCGAGGAACUCAGACAUGCGUGAACGCUCUCCGUUUGAUUGAGAUGCCAGACUGGAAUUCGGAAAUCAGGAUGUCUUCAGCAGUGCGUACCCUCAUCCGUGCUGAUCCGGUUCUGGACGCCUUCCGCACCUUUGGAGAGCUCAAUAACAUACGCGUUUCGCGUUCGCUUUAUUUUGUCCCGUAUGAGGACAUGUCAAAAACUGUCUCCAAUCAUGCGAUGCAACAUGGAUCCGAGCUCAUCCUCUUGCAAUGGUUCCCGCCAUCGUCUAUUCACAGACAGGACCCAUUUAGUACGGGAAAUUCGGCAGCCACGAUGCACUCGCAGUUCGUGCGUAAAAUAUUGGCAGAGAGCAAUACGGAUGUUGCCCUGUUCAUCGAUCCAGGCACUUCUCUCUCUGGUACCGGUCCCGGGAGUGCACGCCACAUAUUUUUACCCUUUUUCGGUGGUCCCGAUGAUCGACUGGCGCUUGAGUUCGUGAUGCAGCUAUGUACGAAUCCUGGGAUUAGUGCGACAUUAACUGUCGCUAUGCCAAGCAUAUCGUAUGGACAAACACACUUCGAAUCUGAGACAGCCGAUACCAUCCUCUGGGAGCAAUACGUCAACUCGCAUUCCUCGUUCGACAUACAUCCUUCAAUCUGCUCUGCCCUGUCCUGUAUCACAUUCUCUGAGCACCCUCAAGAAGCUUAG